ACUUCCAGCGAGAGGAGAAGCGUGUCAGCCGCCAGUUUGAACCCGGUUACUUCCCAAAAGCGCACAGAGAGAGACGUCCUGACACAGUUCCCCUCAUCUUUGCGGAUAUCUACACAUUUCUGUAACCACGGCUUCAAAGGUGGACAACGUUUUUUCCUCUCUAUCCCUGCAUUUCUUCAAGAAAGAAAUGGAAGAGGGCUCCAGUUCUCCGGUCUCCCCUGUGGAUAGUCUGGUGACCAGCGAGGAGGAGCUGGACAGGCAGCAGAAGCGCUUCGCCAGGAAGAGGAGACACAGUAAGAAGUCCAGCGAAGACAGCAGCGGCAGCCCCGGGCCGGUGAAGCGGGGCAAAAAGCCGAGUCCCAGCAGCACUCAGUCGUACGAGGAGCUGCAGAACCAGCGGGUCUUGGCCAACGUCCGGGAGAGGCAACGGACUCAGUCUCUGAACGAGGCCUUUGCGUCUUUGCGCAAAAUUAUCCCCACGCUGCCUUCGGACAAACUCAGCAAGAUACAGACGCUGAAGCUGGCCUCCAGAUACAUAGAUUUUCUCUGUCAGGUGCUGCAGAGCGACGAGAUGGACAACAAGAUGUCCAGCUGCAGCUACGUAGCGCACGAAAGACUCAGUUACGCGUUCUCCGUGUGGAGGAUGGAGGGCGCCUGGUCAAUGUCAGCAUCUCACUAGCACCCAGAGAACUUCACUCACAAUGCCAAAGCGACUGUUUACUUCUACAAAGUAUGAAGACCAAAGGGAUUAUUGAAGAACCCAUCGACCUCAAAGGCAUGGCAGAGAUGUAAUGUGACCCACAACUACAAACUCUUGGGGAGUGUGUGUGGAUUCUUCACACUGCUUCUGACUGUCUGGAGCUGUUUGUGGCAGAGAAAAGGGAAAAAACACACCCAGAGUCCUGCAAGAGGCCAAAAGAUUCACGGCCUGUAUUUCACCAAAGCCAUCCUUUAAUUGUUUUAGAAGGAAAUCUAUUUUGUUUUUCAAAGACUUUAAACCAAAGUAUAAAUCUAUAUAAAUGAAUGCAUAUUGUACAUACCUGUGUAAGUGCGCCUAUAGCCUGUAAAGGGACCAAUGCAAUUUAGAGUCUUUCGCUGCAUGGAUUUAUUUCACCGACUUUCUUAAGCGAGUCUCCAGCCAAACUCCGUCCAAUGUACAUUAUUUUUU